AUGACUCGCCAGCGCCCCGCAAAGUCCACUUUCCACACGCUGGGGGACACCGCCCGCGGUGCAUACGCACGCAAGGAGAUGCAGCUGCGGAGCGAGGUGCGAAAAGGGCUGAAGCAGAAAUUAGUGAGACGUGUCGGCGACGUGGACCCCAAGGUGUCGAUGCAUUGGACCGUGAGCGGCCUCUGCAACAACAUCUACCUUCGCCACCGCCUCAAACUGGUCGGGUGGCCGAAGGGGAUUGUUUUCGGUGACUUGAGCAAGACGGUGACCGGGCUGGACCGGAUCUCGAUACUUGUUGAGGCGCUACGGAGCGGGGACCUCACGUUCGAGCCUAUCUCGCAGGCCGAGUACGAUGCCGCUAAGCAGAACCCGCUGCUCGCGGCGCCCACUCACCUGAACUGUGGCCUGAGGCCGCACCCGAGCCGCGACGACAUUGGGAGGCGGCGAGGGAGCAGCAAGGUCGACCCGGCAAUCUACCCGCCUCGACAUGUGCGAGAUGGGCCGAGGUCGUCGAAGGUGGUGUCGGACGAAGCAGAGGCGAGGGCAGAAGGGCCGGAGGAGCCUCACGAGUUGUUCAAGGGCGGGCAGCUGUACGCGGGGCCGCGUCCUGGCCGGUUGCAGAUCUUGAACUGA